AUGGUAAAGGAUGUUCCGGAUGUAUUUCCUAAGGAGCUACCGGGUUUACCUCCGAAUUGUGAAGUGGAGUUUGGGAUAGAGCUCAUUCCUGGUACAGCUCCAGUGUUAUUACCGACGGUUUGUGAAGGAUUUUCACUGAUCACAGUACCCUUGACUAAGUUGUUACGUAAAGGUGUACCGUUUGACUGGACUAAUGUGCAGCAAGAGAGCUUUGAGAAGCUUAAGACUGUACUGACUGAGGCUCCUGUUUUGGUACAAGCUGAACCUGGAAAGGAGUUCACGGUUUAUAGUGAUGCAUCACAUAGCCUCAAGUAUCUCUUCACUCAGAAUGAGUUAAAUCUUAGGCAGCGUAGAUGGGUUGAGCAGCUUAAGGAUUAUGAUUGUACCAUUGAAUACCAUCCCGGCAAGGCCAAUAUGGUGGCCAAUGUGUUGAGCUGUAGUGCUAUGACCGAUCUAAGAGCGAUGUUCACUCGACUUAGCCUAUUCGAUGAUGGAAGUCUGUUGGCAGAACUUCAGGUCAAACCGACAUGGAUUGAACAAAUUCGAGGUAAACAGUUGGGGGAUAAGUCUCUCAGGUUGCGUUUUUGUCAGGUUGAGAAUGGUGGCACUACUGAUUUUGGGAUAAACAGUGAUGGGUCGGUUAAGAUACCGUUAUGGAAAUGGGAGCAAGUAACGAUGGAUUUCGUUAGUGGGUUGCCUCUAACACCCACUAAGAAGGAUUCUGUCUGGGUCAUCAUGGCUCAAUUGACCAAGUCUACUCACUUUAUCCCGAUUCUCGUUUCACGUCUCGGUUCUGGAAGAAGUUUCAUGAGGCUCUGGUUCAAGAUUGGACUUGAAUACUACUUUCCAUCCUCAGACAGAUGUUGGAAGGAGUACUUGCCGUUAGUGGAGUUUUCCUACAAUAAUAUCUUCCAUUCUAGCAUCCAGAUGCCACCUUAUGAGGCACUGGUCUCGCCAUACAAAAAGGUUCUGAGGUUUGGUUGCAAGGGCAAGCUAAGCCCUCAAUUUAUUGGACCUUACCACAUUCUGAAACGUGUGGGACCUGUCGCUUAUCAGUUGGAGUUAUCUUCGGAGUUGGACCACAUUCAUGAUGUUUUUCACAUCACGCUGUUGAGGCGCUAUCGCUCUAAUCUCACGCAUGUUGUUUCCGUUGAGGAGAUUGAGGUUAGGCCAAACUUGACCUCCGAGGAGGAGCCAGUUCAAAUUUUGGAGCGUGAUGUAAAGGUCCUUUUAAAAAGGUCUAUUCCCUUAGUGAAGGUUUUGUGGUGUAAUCGUAGCACAGAGGAGGCCACGUGA